AUGGCGGGGGAGCUGGGGCAGCAGACGGUGGAGCUGGGGUCCGUUGUGCGGCGGGCGGCGGAGGAGUCGUACCUGGCGCUGCGGGACCUCGUGGAGAAGUCGCAGGCCGAGUCCGACUGGAAGGGCGCCUAUGGCGGGCGGCAGCGGUCGGACUCCGAGAAGAAGAUUGACCUCCUCAAAUUCAUCGCCCGCACCCGCCAGCGCAUGCUCCGCCUCCAUGUGCUCGCCAAGUGGUGUCAGCAGGUUCCGUUGGUUCAGUACUGUCAGCAACUUGGAUCGACCCUUUCUAGCCAUGAAACAUGCUUCACCCAAACAGCUGACUCACUGUUCUUCAUGCAUGAGGGGUUGCAGCAAGCACGAGCUCCUACAUUUGAUGUUCCUUCUGCUUUAGAGGUUAUGCUUACAGGCAGUUAUCAGAGGUUACCAAGAUGUAUAGAAGAUAUAGGGAGCCAAAAUAAACUUUCUCCAGAUGAAGAAAAACAUGCUUUGCAGAAGUUGGACACCAGUGUGCGCUACAAAGUACUUGUGACUCCAAGACCCAAAGAAGUAUCUAGCAUUUCAGUAACUGAUGGGGUAGCUGUUUUUCGUGUGGAUGGAGAAUUUAAAGUUCUUCUUACGUUAGGUUACCGUGGUAACCUAGAUUUAUGGAGGAUACUGCACAUGGAGUUGCUUGUUGGUGAGAAGAAUGGCCCUAUUAAGCUGGGAGAAAUUAGGAGAUUUGCUCUUGGUGAUGAUAUAGAAAGAAGAAUGGCAGUUUCUGAGAAUCCCUUUUCUGUGCUGUAUGCUAUACUUCACGAGUUAAGCAUUUCACUUGCUAUGGACACUAUCAUUAGGCAGGCUAAUGUUCUUCGACACGGAAGGUGGAAGGAAGCAAUAAGUUCUGAACGUAUCUCAGACAGCACCACAGGUCAAACUGGAAAUGCUGCUGUAAUGCAGCUUGGUCAAGAUGGGGAAUUUGAUUCAAGUGGUUUUAGGUUACCUGUGUUGAAAUUGAAUUACUGGUUGGAUGGCAAAAACAGUGGCCCAGCAGAAUCUGAUUUAUCCCCAUUUAUCAAAAUUGAGGCAGGGCAAGACAUGCAGAUAAAAUGCCAGCAUAGCUCAUUUAUACUUGAUCCUUUGACAGAUAAAGAAGCUAAUCUUUCUCUUGAUCUGUCCUGCAUUGAUGUUGAGAAACUCAUUUUAAAAGCAAUUGCUUGCAAUAGGCACACACGUCUUCUUGACAUUCAGAGACAAUUGUGCAAAAAUGUGCAAAUUUCUCAGUCACCCAAAGAUGUUGUCCUGAAGCGGGACGUUGGUGUAGCAAAGGCACCACAUAAGAAGACAGAGAAAGCGAGCUUUGCAGAUUUUUGUGGAAAUGAAGUGCUUCAAGUGCGAGCAUAUGGUCAAGCAUAUAUUGUUCUUGGAGUAAAUAUCAGGAGUGGUCGUUUCAUCCUACAAUCACCAAAGAAUAUCUUACCUCCUUCCGCUCUGGUGGAUUGGGAAGAAGCUCUAAACAAAGGCAGUAACACAGCGACUGAGGUUUUCUCAAGCUUAAGGACUAGGAGCAUCCUCCAUCUGCUUGUAUCUACUGGAAGUUUUUUUGGCCUCAAGGUUUAUGAGCAGUCUCAGGGUACUCUAAAGAUUCCAGAGGCCAUAUUACAUGGUUCAGAUCUGAUGGUUAUGGGAUUUCCGCAAUGCGCAAAUGCCUAUUAUCUGUUGAUGCAACUUGAUAAGGAUUUCAGGCCUGUUUUUCAUUUGCUUGAAACACAGUCUGACGCAAGCAAUAAGCUUAAUGCAAAUAUAGGUGCCAAAGAAGCCAUGAGGGUAAACAAGAUUGAUGUUGGGCAGAUGGAAAAAAUAAAAUAUGAGAAGAAUUCAAAUCCUUUUGAUGCCAAACUGCAUUCCCUACAAAGUAUAGAGAACUGUGAUGACAUGAUGGACAAUCAACUUCUCAUUCAGAAUAGUGUUGAUCCUCUUCCACUGCUGCCUGCUUGUUCACCAUCGUUUUCAUCUAUUGUUGAUGAGACCUUCGAAUGUGAACAUGGUUCUAGUUUGCCUUCUGCUUCUCCUGUGCGCUCUCUUUCACUUGGUCCUCAAGGCGCAAGCACCAGAACUAUUUCACAGAUGCAGGAUGGGGCCUUGUCUCAUGCCCAAGCUAAUAAUACCUCAAUAGUUUGUCCUGGUGUCGGUGUGAACAGCUAUUUCCAAAAUAGUUUGAGCCAUUUACAGAGUACAAACGCCUUUUUGUCCUCUAACCCUGUAAGAAAUUCAUCUGCUAUCAAGUUGUCAAACUCUAAAUCUAAUCAUGACCUGAGUUCAUUGAGCUCUCCAAGUGAGCAUGGUAUUGCAGAUGGAAAUAAACCAUUUCAACUCGCCCCUUCAAGCACGUUGCCUGCUCAUUUGAGUAGUGAUCUAAAUGCUCUUAUAUUUCGUUACGGAUGGAGUACUACCCAGUACCCACACUUCCCACCAGCUGAUCUAGGAUUAGGGAAGGCCAUCACCUUAGGCGCUGAUUGUGCACCUAGAAAGCGCUCUCUUUCAGAUUUCCUGCUAGAUCUCCCUUCACUGCAAGGACUGAAAUCCAGUGAGCCAAGUAAGCGAAGAAAAAUAUCAGAAUCGGCGCAGAGUUCCCUUCCUUUGCAGGCAUACUCUUCUAGUUCACAAUCAGGAACCAGCCUCACCCAUGGAAAUAAUAUUCUUGCCGAAAGAAAUAAUUGUGUUCCAGCAACUGUGUAUGCUUCAGUGCUACUACAUGUAAUAAGGCACUGUUCGCUAUGCAUCAAGCAUGCUCAACUAACUGCCCAGAUGUAUUCUAGUGCCAUUCCAUAUGUCGAAGAAGUGGGCAUGCGAUCACCAUCCUCGAAUAUUUGGUUCAGGUUACCGUUUGCUCAAGAUGAUUCUUGGAAACACAUAUGCUUACGCCUUGGAAAGGCUGGAAGCAUGUCAUGGGACGUUAGGAUAAAUGAUCCACAUUUCAAGGAACUUUGGGAGCUCAAUGGAGGAAGCACCUCAACACCGUGGGGUGUUGGUGUACGCAUAGCUAACACAUCUGAGAUGGAUUCACACAUCUCUUUUGACGUGGAUGGUGUUGUUUUAACUUAUAGCACUGUUGAGGCAGAUAGUGUUAAGAGGCUUGUGUCAGAUUUACAACGGCUUGCCAAUGCACGGGUAUUUGCUCGUGGAAUGAGGAGAUUGAUCGGUGUAAAACUUGAUGAUAAGCUAGAUGACAACCAUAUAUCUGUGGGGAUGAAAUCACAGUCUGUUAAUAAAGGCCAUAGUGAUGCUGACAGGCUAUCUGAACAUAUGGGAAAGCCAUUCAGGAUUGAAGCUGUUGGCCUAAUGAGCUUUUGGUUCAGCUAUGGCCAUAUGCCAAUGGUUCACUUUGUUGUCGAAUGGGAAACUGCUAAGGAAGGUUGCACAAUGCAUGUUUCUCCUGACCAGCUUUGGCCACACACAAAGUUUUUGGAGGAUUUCGUGAAUGGUGGUGAGGUUGCAUCCUUCUUGGAUUGUAUUCGGCUAACAGCAGGACCUUUACUUGCUCUUGGGGGUGCAAUUCGUCCUGCACGGAUGCCUGUAACAGUUUCGACUGGGUACAGCUCAAUGCCAAAGCAAACUAAUAAUGUCCCCUCCCAGGGGCCACUAGCAAAUGGUUCAUCAGCAACAACUAUGCAUCAUGCAUCUGCCCCAUCAAAUGCUACGGCACAUUUGGGUGGUCAUACUCUUCAUACUGCUGCCAUGCUCUCCGCUGCUGGACGGGGUGGACCUGGACUUGUUCCUAGUUCAUUGCUGCCUUUUGAUGUUUCCGUCGUGCUUCGGGGCCCAUACUGGAUACGCAUUAUAUAUCGCAAGAAGUUUUCUGUUGACAUGCGUUGCUUCGCCGGGGAUCAGGUUUGGCUACAGCCCGCAACCCCUCCUAAGGGUGGGCCUUCAGUUGGCGGGUCAUUGCCAUGUCCACAAUUUAGACCUUUCAUAAUGGAGCAUGUUGCUCAAGGUCUAAAUAUUCUUGAACCUGCUUUCAUGAAUGCUACACAGCCUGGUCCACACUUAAAUACUAGUGCUGGAGCUCCACAAUCUGCUCCUGUUGCAAACCGUUUAAAUGCCACCCCUGGUGUUGCUAUGUCCAGGCCAACUUCUAGUGUUGCCAACCAUGUAGCAGCUAGUUUGAGUCGAGCAGGAAAUGCCAUGUUGUCUUCUUCAGGUCUUGCUUCAGGGAUUGGUGGAGCCUCUGUGCGACUAACACCUGGAACUGGCCUUCCUGUUCAUAUGAAAGGAGAACUAAACACAGCCUUCAUUGGGCUUGGGGAUGAUGGUGGCUACGGUGGUGGUUGGGUUCCGUUGGCAGCUCUCAAGAAGGUGUUAAGAGGGAUUCUUAAGUACCUUGGAGUUCUAUGGUUGUUUGCACAGUUGCCUGAACUUCUGAAAGAGAUAUUGGGGUCAAUUUUGAAGGACAACGAAGGGGCUCUUUUGAAUUUGGAUCAAGAGCAGCCUGCACUGCGGUUCUAUGUGGGAGGUUAUGUAUUUGCAGUUAGCGUCCAUCGGGUUCAACUGCUUCUACAAGUUCUGAGUGUUAAGCGGUUUCACCACCAGCAACAGCAACAGCAAGCUCAGAGCAAUGCUCAGGAGGAGCUGACAUCUGCCGAGAUCAACGAGAUAUGCGAUUAUUUCAGCAGGCGUGUUGCCUCUGAACCAUAUGAUGCUUCAAGAGUUGCUUCUUUUAUCACUUUGCUUACAUUACCUAUAUCGGUGCUGAGAGAAUUUUUGAAGCUGAUUACUUGGAAGAAAGGGUUUUCCCAGGCUCAUGGUGACAUUGCAACUGCUCAGAGGGCUCGCAUUGAGCUUUGUUUGGAAAAUCACUCAGGAUCAGCUUCAGAUGAUAGAACAGAAAGCUCUUUAGCUAAGAGCAAUAUUCAUCAUGAUAGAGCCCACAGUUCAGUAGAGUUUGCUCUCACAUUUGUACUUGACCAUGCGCUCAUUCCUCACAUGAACGUAGCUGGUGGAGCUGCCUGGCUUCCGUAUUGUGUAUCCGUGAGACUGAGGUAUUCUUUUGGAGACAACAGCCAUAUAUCAUUCCUUGCAAUAAAUGGGAGCCAUGGUGGGAGAGCUUGCUGGCAGCAGUCUGAAGAUUGGGAAAGAUGUAAGCAGAAGGUGGCGAGGGCAGUGGAGACUGUGAAUGGGACCCCUGCUGUUGCAGAACCGGGCCAAGGAAGGCUGCGAAUGGUUGCUGAGAUGAUACAAAAGCAACUCCAACUUUGUCUACAGCAGCUGAGAGACGGACCACUUUCGGCUGGCUCAACUGCUUCAUGA